CAAGAACGAGAGAGAGAGAUAGAAACAAAAAAAAAACAGCUUCAAGCGAGAGAGAGAGAGACCUCCCUGAGUCGACUCGGACCGAGUUGAUUUUGUUUUUUGCUCCUCUACUGUAUUUUUGAUCUCUUCCUCCUCGGUUAGCUCAUUAUCUCGACAUUCAUUCCCCCCCUCGCCGGCGCGUAGAGUCUUUCUCUUAUAAAGAUUUGUUGUUGUAACUAUGGAAUCACUUCGUGAAGUCUAAUUCAUUCUUUGAUUUGAUUUGGUGCUGUUUUGGGGAUCUAGCCGAGGAAGAAAGGAUCAAUCUUUUUUUUUUUUGUAGCCAAGGCUCAUGUCACGCAAGCUCGACAGUCCUAUCCAAACACAAAUGGCUGUUUCGGUUUUAAAGAGUCCCUCCUUGUCCGGGGAGUUUAACAAGGUAGGAGGAUUAGGAAUGAAGUCCUCUCCCGUGGUUGGUCGCAGUCGCAGGCGUGUUUUUGUUCAGACGGAGACUGGUUGUGUUCUAGGGUUGGAGCUUGACCGUAGCGACAACGCGCACACGGUGAAAAGGAAGCUCCAGGUCGCUCUUCAUUUCCCCACGGAUGAAAGCUCGUUGACCUUUGGUGAUCUGGUGCUUAAGAACGAUCUAACGGCUGUGAGGAACGACUCUCCUCUGCUUCUGACUAGGAACAGUUUUCACAGGAGCUCAUCGACUCCUUGUCUUUCACCGAUGAGGGGUGGUGAGCUUCAUCAGCAGGGUGGUAGAGACGAGAGCGGUUCCGUUGAGAUUCUCGGGAACUCGGUUUGUUUGAGGCAGAUGGCUAAAGAUAUCACAAAGGCGUUGAAGAGAGGUGUUGAGCCGGUUGCUGUACACAGCGGCCUUGGAGGUGUUUACUUCUUCAAGAACGUCCGUGGGGAGAGCGUUGCGAUUGUGAAACCGACCGAUGAGGAGCCUUUUGCUCCUAACAAUCCUAAAGGCUUUGUUGGUAAGGCGCUUGGACAGCCUGGUUUGAAACGCUCGGUGCGUGUAGGGGAAACGGGGUACAGAGAAGUGGCGGCUUAUCUCCUUGAUAAGGAUGGAUUCGCCAGAGUUCCUCCCACUGCUCUUGUCAAGAUCUCUCAUUCUGUAUUCAAUGUCAACGGUGGUGUGAAAGGGGGGAGCAGCAAGCGUAUGGAGAAGAUGCUUGUGAGCAAGAUCGCUUCCUUGCAGCAGUUUGUAUCUCAUGAUUACGAUGCUAGCGAGCAUGGGACGUCUAGCUUCCCUGUUUCUGCUGUGCACCGUGUUGGGAUUCUUGAUGUUAGGAUCUUGAAUACGGAUAGGCACUCGGGGAAUCUUCUGGUUAGGAAGCUUGGGAUGUUUGGACAAGUGGAGUUGAUUCCGAUUGAUCACGGUCUUUCCUUGCCGGAGACGAUGGAGGACCCUUACUUCGAGUGGAUACACUGGCCUCAGGCGUCGAUACCGUUCUCUGAAGAGGAGGUGAAGUACAUAGCGAGUCUUGAUCCUUUUGAGGAUUGUGAGAUGCUGAGGAGGGAGCUUCCUAUGGUGCGUGAAGGGAGUCUGCGUGUUCUGGUUCUGUGCACUGUUUUGCUGAAGGAAGCUGCUGCGUAUGGGUUGUGUUUGGCUGAGAUUGGGGAGAUGAUGACGAGAGAGGUUCGUCCUGGAGACGAGGAGCCUAGUGAGAUUGAAGUGGUUUGUCUUGAGGCUAUGAGUUUGAUAGGAGAGAAGGACGCUGAGUCUCCGAGAUCAGACUUGGGUGGUGGUGGUGGUGAUGUUGAGUUCCAGUUUGAUUUAGACUGUGAGGAAGCGUUGUUCGCUCUUGGAAACGCUCGUAGUCAUCUGCCAAAGGUGGAAGAAGAGGAAGAAGAUGAUGAAGAGGAGGAAGAAGAAGAAGAAGAAGGCAAGGAGAAGGUAGAGAAAAUGCAGGCGAUUACCAAGCUUUCAAUGUCUUUGAAAAGCACUCUUCUAGGUGAGAAGAGCCAGAAGUAUCAGAAGCAUCCAGGAGGGAGAGCAGAGAGCGCGUAUGCGUCGUCUGGACACAGGAGUGCAGAAGAACAGAUCCCAGCAAGCACUAGCUUUGUGAAGCUCUCGGUUAUGAGUGAAGAGGAGUGGACUGUGUUCCUUGAGAAGUAUCAGGAGCUGCUUUAUCCAGCAUUUGCUAAGCGUAAGGCCAUAACUUUAGGACAGAAUCUGAGGCAGAGGAUGGGAACUUCGUGUCAGUUUUGAGGAAGAAGAAGAAUAAAGGAUCUUGUAGAGUCUUGUUACCAAGGGCUCUUGCUUGAGACUAGACUUGGUGGAAAAAAUAUGGUCAGGGAGUGGUAAUGGAUUUAGUGUAAAUAUCCGUUGAUUUCAGCUUUUAGUGUGGAGGAGACUCGAGAGUAGUUAAGUCACGUCUCUUUUAAUUUUCUUUGCAUUUUUAAAAAUUUUCUUAAGCCCUCUCUAGGUUCUUGUUGGUUUCUGCUGUCUCGUUUAGAGCCAUGUAUAGCCCCCUCUUAUGUUUUAUAAGUCACUCGUAGAUUAGAAAAAUAAAAUGGGAUAAAAAGCUUUGUUUCA